UUCUCUGCGUUGUGUCUGUGUUAGUGUAUACUUUAAUGCACAAUUGCAUUUGGAUGCAACCUUUGGGUGCAACCACUGGGUCCAACGAAUUUACCCUCUUGCCCCAGUGCUUGCAUGCAUCAUUGUGAACUACGUGUGAACAGUUUGUGCUUUAUAGGAUAUUCUAGCGUUUUAGUUUGCCUUAUAGGUAAAGUGACAGGGAUUAAACGCCUCCAAGCUACUUACUGGAAUUCUUCAUGAAAGAACAGGAGAAAUUUAUAGGCUGGCAUAUAAUGUGGUGGCUUGUUGGUCUCGGUUGUAUACCGGUUACAUUUCCUUGGAUUUUGUACCACUUAUUCGAUAUCAUGAAGCAAAAACGGAGGAAAGCUAAACUGGCAGGGAAGGUUGUUAUGAUUACCGGGGCCAGCUCUGGACUUGGAGAAGCCAUGGCACACAUAUUCUACAGCUCUGGUUGUCGCUUAAUUCUAGCUUCAAGAAGAAAAGAAGAACUAGAAAGAGUAAAGUCUGUUCUUAUGAACAAACAUCCUACUGUGCCCACGCAUCCUCCAAUUGUUCUUCCCUUGGACAUAACAGAUUUGAAUUCCAUUCCACCUGAGAUUGAAAAGGUCUUGAAGAUCUAUGGAAAAAUUGAUGUAUUGAUUAACAAUGCAGGGAUCUCUUAUAGAGGAGAGGUGAUUAAUACAAAUGUAGAUGUUGACAUUAAAUUGAUGCUUUGUAACUAUUUUGGCCAGAUAGCUGUGUCCAAAGCUGUCCUACCAUCUAUGAUUGAACAGCAGUCUGGUCAUCUUGUUUAUAUCAGCAGUGUCCAAGGCAAAAUUGCUCUACCGCAUAGAUCGGCAUACAGUGCUUCAAAACACGCUUUACAAGCAUGGUGUGAUUCCGCUCGAGCAGAACUAGCAGAUCACAACAUCGACAUAACUGUCGUCAGUCCAGGAUAUAUAAAUACAGCUUUAUCUCUGAACGCUUUAACAGGUAGCGGUCAGAACUAUGGAGUCAUGGAUAAGGCCACUGCGCAAGGGCUACCUCCAGAAUACGUCGCAGAAGAAGUAUUGAAAGCGUUGCUUAGAAAGACAAGCGAACUGACAGUGUCCACUUUUACACCAAAAGUAGCGAUCUAUUUACGAACAGUUUUUCCUUCUCUAUAUUUUUGGAUAAUGCGAAAACGUGCGAACAAAGAAAUUAAAGAUAAGCAAAGUUAGUAAAGGUUUUCGAAUCAGCAAUAGACUUGUAGAUCAACAAAAAUGAGUCUGAAUGAACUUGAUAUAAGCAGAUUUUUGAUAAUAAAAAAUAAUUGUUAUAUUGAAAA